AUGUCCAGUCCUACUAGCCCAACUUCGCCACGAUACGGUCGACAUCCUUCUACGCCAAUGAGCAAUCUUGACCGAACUCUCAGUGGAGAUUCUGUCACCUCGUCAACAGCGAUGAGAGGUAAACAUCCGGACUAUUUCCUUGCGCAUCGACCUCGAUGGGAGGCACUUGAUCAAUCUUGCGAGUCCCAGUCCGAGUCCAAAUCCAAAUCCAGAUCUAGAUCAGGGGGAUAUAGACUUACUAUCCAUAGUAAGCCUAUAUUCAAAGUCGGCACACCAUUCCCCGAUAGUCAAAUCAUGCGGGAAAUGAGUGAUCAAGCCGAUGCGAUUUAUGAGAAAGUCAAUCAAUCUUCAAUCUUGAUCAUUCCCAAAUACUACGUGGACAGGGAUCCACAAGAAAUUGCGAGAUUGGAUGAUAUAUUGAGAGAUGUAGUGAGGCAAGUUAAUCGAUCGGAUGAAAGUAGAUAUAAAAGUGUAGUAACGAAAGUUGGAGAUUAUUCUAGGAUUCAUCCCCAAACUGAUAAAAGCACUAACCUCUUAACCGAGAUCAAAUUCCCGAAUCCCACUGAAGAAUGGUAUGAAUAUGGAGGAGAUCAGACAGGGAAAACGGAAAAGCAAAAAGAAAUCAAGAGAAAAGCGGAUUUCAUCACUGAUUACACUCGUUACUUUGCUGCUUCCAACCUUGUACCCCUCACCAGUUCCAUCCCAUCACACUUUCUCCAACAAGAACACGGACAAGAUAAUUCCGAAAGUGAUGAUCAGGUUUAUAAGAGGAAAGUCGAAUUCAUGCAAUACAACAGGGUACCUUCCUCGACUAGUGGCGGAAGCCACUCGAGGCCCAGUUUGGGUAGGAGGUUCUCCAGUAUGGGAUCAGCGGUCGUUCGAAGGUUGAGCAGCUCCAGUUCUGCUCAAGGAAAAUGA